AUGACUGGCACUGUGGAUAAGGAAAAAUCAUCCAGUGAAAAAUCAAAAACAGCUAGUAAUAGUCCACCUAUGGCUGUAUUACCGUUGAAUUCAAGCACUAAAUUAGAUCAAGAACCUAAUCCAUUUGAACAGAGCUUUUCUGGGGCAGCAACGGAUGAAAAGAGCCCAGCAGUAGUGAAAUUACCACCUGUUGCAUCAAUUACUAGUCCGGCAGUGAAAUCUUCCUCAGUGGUCCCUGUUAUAGGAGGUGGUAUUUUACCAAAAGAAGUAUCAAAUCAGUUUACCUGGGACACACUUCGAACAGGGCCUCUAUCGCCUUCCAUGUUACAAGGCCCUGCAAACCCUGAUGAAUACUAUUCCUCAUCCAAAGCUCAAUUAAUCCCACCAAAUAAUUAUUCAGCCAGAAGCUCCUUUUCUUCUACAGCUGCAAAUGAGAUCCAGUAUAUGCAGCAACAACCACAACAGCAUCUCGUUAAAGUUGAACCACAGUCUCGUAUGCGUCAACAAAGAAAGCAGUCAGAGGAUGCUCGCUCCACAGACAGUAACAUAUCCAUACUUAAAUCAACCAAAAGAACCAGAAGAAGGUCUUCUGUCAUGGAUGACUCUGACGAAGAAGAAGUCAAAAAGAGAACAAGAGUUUCUGAAAGCAAAGAGCCUGAAGAUGAUGAAAAGAGAAAGAACUUUUUAGAGAGAAACAGAAUUGCUGCUUUAAAGUGUCGUCAGAGAAAGAAGCAAUGGUUAAAUAACCUCCAAGCUAAAGUAGAGUUCUUAUCAAACGAUAAUGAAAGGCUCCAAGUACAAUCAGAUGCUUUAAAAGAAGAAAUAGUCAAUCUCAAGACAUUGUUACUAGCUCAUAAAGAAUGUCCAGUGGCACAAGCAAACGGUUUUCAUGCCAGCUCUAUUCAAAAAUCCAUGCCGGGCAUGUUACCACAACAGCAUAUGAUUAGACAUCCCUAUGGUAACCGGCCACCUCCACCUCCACCCCAACAACAACAACAUCAUCAUCAGCAACAACAACAACAACAACAACAACAACAACAACAACAACAACAGCAACAACAGCAACAACAACAACAACAUCAACCACCUCCUCCUCCACCACCGCCACCCGCUCAAACCGCUUCAUCCACAUCAUCCAUUCCUCGGUUUCAAAGAGCCAAUAUGGUCGGAUUACCCAACCAGGGACAAAAAGAAUCUACUAAUAAUCAACAAGGCAUGAUCGCUGGUGGUAGUGGUGGAACUGGUGGCUCUUCAAGCGUAUUGAGAUUUUAAUAUAUACCAAUUCUUACUAUUCUGUACAU